AUGCGCCUCUUUGGUGGUUCACCCAACUACGAGCAUCCCCUCUACCAGCUUUAUGCUCGAGUUCUCAAAGCUCUCAAAUCCAUAUACCGACUUGGAGAUGGGCUUGAUGAAGCCGUCAAAGUUGCUAAACGUUACCAGUACGAAAAAAGCCUGGUUUCGGACAUCGAGAGACCUCAGAAAGCAGGCUACGAGGGUGGUUUCAGAGACGCUGGAGAAAAUUCUACCCGCGUUUCGUACAAGGAACUUCUGCCUCCACAGGCCAAGAUUCUCGCCCUUCGAUUUGCCCACCCCACGGGAAAAUUCAACGGAGCAAUACCUGUAGCUCUGGCAAGCGUCAACUGGUUCCAUCUCAUGCAAAUUUAG